AUGGAGAGGGAGAAGGGAAAGGGGGGAGAAGGAGAAAGAGUCGCAAAUGCUAGCUUGUGUAAAACGCAAAUCGGCUCAGCUGCACUUGACGCCUGGAGGGCUUGUUGCGCCCGUGUUCCCCCCUCACCUCCUCCCCCACCCGAGGAUUUGCCUGGGGCCCAGGCUGUGUCGCGAGCCCGCCUCCACGAUCCGCUGAUUGGCCGCGCUGGCCCACUCGUCAAGCUCUUUUGUCUCAGCGGGCAGAGGAUAAAAGCAGCAGCCGCUGCCUUGGGAACCGCGCUGCCUCAAUUCAGCUACCCCUUGCCGGGCUGCCCUGCGAAGCAGCUCGGGCGGGCAACUCCGGGUCGCUUAGUGGCCGAGGAGCCGCUAGUCCUUUUCCCAUGCGUGGCCGCGGAGAUCUGCAAGAGGGAUCCAUCCAGUAAAACGGCCGAGCACCCGCUGCCCACCAGCAGAGCGCAGGUAAAGAAAAGCGGGCUCCGAGAUUGCCUAGCGCGAGAGGGGAGGAAGAAGUGCCGCCUGGACUGGGCGGCUCCCAUCUCGGAGAAUCGCAGCCCAGCCAAGCUGAAUCCGAGGUUGAAUUCUAUGCGGCAGGUUGCAGAGCUGUUUUGACGCCUCGUGGACCUGAAUCUGUGACCCCCAGUGUACUGAGGUCCACCAUAUCCCCAGGCAAGCUUUCUCACGGAGGCCACCGGUCGGAGAGGCUGGAAUUGAAAUCAAGGCACACUCUUAUUUGCGAUCUCCUCUAACACCGAGGAAAGAGGAAGGCAGAGCUCCCCGCCCCACCCCCUCCUGCCC